UUUACAAACAAAAACUUAACAAGAAGAAGAGAAGAACAACUAAACUUGAAAUUACAUGAUUUAAAUUUUAAAAUUUGUCCCUGUUUUUGAAAAAGAUUUGCAAUGGACAAACCAACCGAUAAAUUAUGGAAAAAAACCAUACGAGACCAGCAAAAACGUAUUAAACCAGGAGAGUGUCAAAAAUAUGUACGCCUUGUGGUAGAUUCCCACAUAUUAUCGGCACCAUAUGGACGUGAGUUUAUAGCUGAACUUAAUCGUGCCGCGGGAGAACUUAAAUAUGACAUUAGAACAUUACCCAUUAAGGAGUCUAUAAUAUGGGAACGCAGCAUGGGUCAAUUAGCACUAAAGCCCAGUGAAGUUAAUGCCUUAAGUGAGGUAUGGCAAAAAGAAGAUCAAGUUGUGAAAAUCUUAACUCAGAGCGAAUUGGUGCAAAUGAUAAACACCUCUACUUUGCACACAUUAGCCGAAAGUUUUAAAAAACAUUAUGAGAAAAAACAACAUAUUGUCUUGUUUUUACGUUCGGCUGAAAAACAGACCACAGCCAUCUCUACGGCUUUAAUAGAACUGCAAAUAUUGCAUCAGUUAAAAGUAUUACAAGUUCAACCGCCUAUCAGGGAAUUAUUGCUACAGCUAAAACGUUUAACAAAAUCCAUAGCUGAGGUUCCGUAUAAAAAACAAAAGUCGGAAAUAUUGUCCACCUUUAAGAAAUUUCUUGCCAAUGACAAGAAACAGUGUGUUCGCGUAGAGGGCACUAAUGGUUUUGGUCGUUUAUGGCAGCAACAUUUAAAUCGUUUACCUCUGGUCACGCUCGAAGUGGCCGAAACUAUUAUAGAAAAGUAUUCUUGUCCGAAAAAACUUUUAGAUGAUCUCAAAAAUAAUCCAGAUGCUGUUAAGGAAAUAUCCGAUUUGAAAAUUAAACGUUCCGGUCCAGUAGCUUUGCAAACCGAUCGACGUAUUGGUAAUGUAUUGUCCUAUAAACUGUAUAUGCUUUAUAAUUCCAAGGAUCCGAAUACGUUAAUUUAAUUUAUUCAAAAGUUUAUACUAUUUUAUAUAUUGUAACAUCAUUUCGGUUUCCUAAGAAUUUUCAAUAAAUUGUACUCUAUAGCAAUAUGUUAUGUUGGUGUUUCUA